UGCCCUGUAUAUACCUCGUACGUGUGGUUGCAUAUUUCCCAUACUCCCAUAGGCCGCCCGGCCCCUUAUCCAUCUCAUCCUUUUCCUUCCUUCGGAAUUCUUCGUCUCCUACUCCAUGGAUGCCUGCGCUCUGAACUCGAUGGAGGUGAAGGCCAAGCCGGCGAGGGGAGGGAAGAGCGGCAGGGGGAGCGGCGGCAUGGCCGGGGUACUGCUGGAGAAGAAGGAGUCGGAGAAGGAGAGGAGGAAGCGCAUGAAGGCGCUGUGCGAGAAACUCGCAUCCCUUAUCCCAAGAGAACACUGUUGCUGCAACGCUGAUACAAUGACCCAGCUAGGCAGCCUGGAUGCGGGGGCGUCAUACAUUAAGAAGUUGAAGGAGAGGAUCGAUGAACUACAACGUAGGAGGAGCUCUAUACAAGCCUUAGAUACCAUAAGAGGAGAUACUAGCAUUCCAACGCCCACCACCAUCACUAUCAUGAGCAGCGGUGCAGGGUCACCAGAAGAAGGGAAAGCUUGGGAGGAAUUAGCACCGGUAUUGCAGGUGCGACAACACAACGGUUCAGCGAUGGAGGUGAGGUUGAUAUGCUGCAUGGAGAGGCCGAUCAAGCUCCACGAGGUGAUCACCAUCCAUGAGGAAGAAGGUGCAACGAUUGUCAAUGCCAAUCACUCUAUUGCUGGCCACAAAAUGGUCUAUACUAUACAUUCUCAGGCCUUCAGCUCUAGAAUUGGCAUAGACGUUUCAAGGGUUUCUGAGCGAUUGGGAGCCUUGGCACUACCAUGCAUGCACGGCAAUCUGCAGGUCCUCAGGUACACCGACCAGUCCAAUGUGUCUCCUCCCAAGGAGCUUGUCAGCAACAAUGAUAUAGGUGGAACCGAGAAGGUGUCACACCCCGAGUGUGAAACAUUGGUUGGGCAAGACCAAGCGAUGUGGAGUUCCAUGCUUGCGUCAAUAUCACCAGAAAUAUUCGAGUAGGUGCCGGCCAUGUAAACUGUACCCGAGCCCUGUUCUACCUUGAGGUGCAUGUUCUCCUCUCAAUCCAAGGCAAAGGCCUUCCAAGUCCGCAUGUAAUUGGCAAUUCUAAGAAUAAUGUCUCUCACUAAUCGACUACUUCAACAAAGUAAAGGAAGUCGUCCAUACUAUUUUUUUUUUUUA